AUGUUGUUCUCAAAACUUUCGUUUUCGCUACUUGCCAUUGCUCCCGCGUUCGCUAGUCCAGCAGUGCGGUGCCCGUUCCCUCAAGAUGCGAGUAUCGUUGCCGUUGCUACAAAUGGAGAAAACGCAGGCUGGGCAAUGAGCCCCGAUGAGCCCUGCAUUCCAGGCAAAUACUGUCCUUACGCUUGUCCGCCAGGCCAGUUGACGAACCAAUGGGACCCCUCCGCGGGUGCAGCUUACACCUAUCCCAGCCAAAUGAAUGGUGGCUUGAAGUGCAACGCAGAUGGCACAUUGACCAAGCCCUUCCCUGAUAAAGACUACUGCACCCAGGGAAGAGGAACAGUUUCCGUGUCGAAUCAAGCAGGUGCUGACGUUGCCUUUUGCCAAACUGUGCUUCCUGGCAAUGAAGCCAUGUUGAUUCCAACCAACGUGGACAGCGGCGGCUCGCAAACUUUGGCCGUGCCCGACACGUCCUACUUUGCUGGGACAGCAGCUCAUUACUACGUCAAUCCGCCUGGUGUUUCGACACAAGAUGGUUGUGUGUGGGGAACCGCAGACAAGGAAAUGGGCAACUGGUCACCCUACAUUGCCGGAAUGAACAUGGAUGGUAGUGGCAAUACAUUCGUUACAAUUGGAGUCAAUCCAAAACAUAUUGAUGAUUUCAAUGGCAAGACACCCAAUUAUGGGCUCAGGAUCAAAUGUGAUGACCCCAGUAAGUGUGUUGGGUUGGACUGCGAGAUCAACCCCAGAAAUGGCUAUAAUAAAGCCACUGGUCCAACUUCGGGAAAGUCCUUAAAUGCUGAGUUCUGCAUUGUCACUGCGACAAACGGUGCUCAUGCCGUGAUUGAGGUUUUCCAAGCUUAG